UUUCUCUCUAUAUAUACCGAUUUACAUAUCGAACAUCAUAGUUUUAAGGUUUUUAAAAAUGUGUAACAUCGUGGUUUUCUUGCUAACUUUGACCUUGUUCUUGUUCUCUGGAUUGUCGAACACAGCAUUUGCCCGAGUGCAAUAUGAACCUUUAAAGCCAAAAUUCGGAGCAAGGGUAUGGGAUCAAAAGAUGAUAAAAAAUAUCAAGAUUGAAGUAGAUGGUAGCUGUUCAAGGCGUGCACCUGGAAGAAGAAGACCACCAAAUAGACCACCAAAACCAUGUACUAAACCCUAGUGACAAUCCUUUAUGUAUGUACAUAUAUAUGUAUAAUUUUAUAAAAAUGACAUCAAGUACUAUAUUAGAUUCACAUAAAUGAUCAUAUUUUUA